CUUACGAAGUGAAAACAGACAAACAUAUCUAAUAUUUUAUAAUAAAACGUAUAUCAGAUUAUUCAGUCUACGUGCAUCUACACAUUAAGUUUAAGCAUGAAAUCGUUUUUUUGUUAUUGGCAGAUCAUUUUCCUUUCGAACUUCAACUUUUAAAAAGAAGUGAAAUUAGUGCUACUGACUGCAUAAUCCUGUAUUUGCUGUAUAAUUAAUAUGAGUUAAAUCUGCCUUUAUUUAAUAUGUAUGCUCGUCAGUCAUCUUUUCUUUUGUUAGAGAUGUUAACAGACUGUGUUUUCUUUCUGACCCAGAAAAAUCCCACAGCUGCGUUAGCAGGAAGUCAGCAGCUUAAAUGACUCAAAUCUACAAGAGAAAUGCUUUCUGAAGUCACUGAGCUCCAUAAAGUUUUUCCAUUCAUAAAGUUAAAAUUAUCUUAAUUAUUAGAGAGAGUGAGAGAGAGAGAGAGAGAGAGAGAGAGAGAGGGAGAAUGAGAGGGAGAGAAUGAAAGAGGGAGAGUGUGUGUAAUGUGUGGUUUUCCCCAUAAGACUGAAUUGUCACCUCAUUAAACAAGUCAGUCAGGCAAAUCAUUUCUCCACUGAACUGGUGUGAAGAUGCUGUCUGUGAGCUGCAGACUGAAAAUUCAAAAGCCAGCCUCUGCAACCACACACACACACACACACACACACACACACACUCACACAGCUGUAUGAGGAACAGAGACACAGAUAUACGACACACAUUCAUUAAAACUCUUCAUUCAGGACACACAAACUUCACAGGAACAUUCACGGAGUUCUUCAGUUCUUCAGGAGUCAUGAGGUUUGUUCUAGCCUUUGUCCUCGCUCUUCACUUGGUGCCGCUGAGAUGUACAGCAGAUCCAGCUCCAGUGUGUCAGUCACACUCUACAUGCUCUGAGUGUUUGAAGAGUCCAGGAUGUGCGUGGUGCAAGCAGCAGGAUUUCCUGAAAUCUGGAGAGGCAGAUGAACGUAGAUGCGACUCCGUUGAGUCCCUCGGGAUGAGAAAGUGUAAGAGCGACAAUGUGAUCUAUCCCAAACCCGAAACCGUGACCCUGAAAAACAACAACCUGAACAGCAACCCCAGAAACGUGGUGCAGCUCAAACCACAGAGCCUGAAAGUCAAACUCAGAAUCGGUGUGCCACAGGAAUUUAAGGUGGAGUUUAAGAGGGCUGAAGGUUACCCCAUAGACCUGUACUAUCUGAUGGACCUGAGCUACUCCAUGAAGGACGAUCUGGAGAAGAUUAAGACUCUCGGGCAGGACAUUCUGAACAAACUGCAGGACGUCACGCAGACCGUCCGCAUCGGUUUCGGCUCAUUUGUUGACAAGGAGAAACUGCCGUACGUUAGCCAGGCUAAGGCCAGGAGACAGAACCCCUGUCCCACCCGCACAGACAUCUGCCAGCCCGCCUUCACCUUUCACAACGUUCUGCCACUGACCGGUGAUGCCAAUGAGUUUAAGAGAGAAGUGAGCAAGCAGAAGAUCUCUGGUAACCUGGACUCACCUGAAGCUGGUUUAGAUGCUAUCAUGCAGGCUGCCGUGUGCCAGGAAAUCGGCUGGGGGAAUGUGACUCGGAUUCUGGUCUACACCUCUGAUGACACCUUUCACAUGGCAGGAGAUGGUCGACUUGCUGGAAUAUUUACGCCACAUGAUGGAAAGUGUCAUCUUAAACCUGACAGUUUUUAUGAUGGCACAUUGUUUGAUUAUCCGUCAGUAGGCCAUCUCUCUCAUGUUCUUCAAGCUAAUAACAUUCAGCUGAUAUUUGCAGUGACUGAAAACAGCUUUCCAGCCUAUCGGGCGCUGAGUGAGUUAAUUCCUCAGUCAGUUGUUGGUGUGUUGAAGAAUGACUCUAGUAACGUGGUCCAGCUGAUCUCCGAGGCUUAUGGGAACUUGUCCUCCACCCUGCUGUUGGAGCACAACGUCACUCUGCCUGGUCUCCAGGUUUCCUACACGUCUAACUGCAGUGUUCAGGCCAGCAGAACGUGGCAGCAGAGAGGAGAGUGUACCGGCAUCCGAGAUGAGAAGGUUUUCUUCACUGUGCGUCUGAACGCGUCUGAAUGUCUGGCUGAGUCGAAGACGUUCGAGAUCCAACUGAAGGGCAUUAAUGAGGGUCUGAAGGUUACCGUGGAAACGCUAUGUGACUGUAAUUGUGGUGAUGAGCAGAAGGACUCAGAACACUGUGCAGGAAACGGGACCCUCGAGUGUGGAGUCUGCAGGUGUAAUAAAGGUUACUUAGGUCAGCACUGUAAGUGUCAGAGUAUCAGUGACAGCGCCAUGCGUAUGUCCUGUCGCCGUGACAACAGCUCUCAGGAGUGCAGCGGUCACGGUGUGUGUGAGUGUGGUCGGUGUGUGUGCAACGGACAUUUCAGUGGGCAGUACUGCGAGUGUGACGAUGCCAGCUGUGAACGCUACAACAACAAGAUCUGCAACGGUAAAGGUCAAUGUAAAUGUGGAAAGUGUGAGUGUCAGGCUAACUACACUGGCUCAGCGUGUGAGUGCUCCACAGACAUGAGUAUGUGUGCUCGGAAAUAUGGAAAGUUGUGUAGCGGCCAGGGCAAGUGUAAGUGUAACCGCUGUGAGUGUAACACCGACUUCGUGGGACUCGACUGCUCUCAGAUCGCUAAUCCAUGCCCAAAAUAUCAACCCUGUAUGGCCUGUACGCUCUCUAAGAAGAACUGCACGGAGGUGUGUGCGUCAGUCCAGACGUCCCGGAAGGAAGGCUUUCACGUGCUGCAGUGUGUACACGAAUCCAUCAGCUAUGAUGUGAGUCUGGAUGCUGAGGGCAAUGUGCUGAUCACCUACGCUGACCUACCACAUACUAUUGAUAAAACCAAAGUGAUCAUCAGCUCCAGCGUUUCAGGCAUCGUCUUCAUCGGCAUCCUCAUCAUCAUCAUCUACAAAAUCCUGCUGGAGCUUUACGACCGCCGGGAAUACCACAACUUCCUCAAAGCUCAGGAGAACACCAAGUGGGAGGAGGGAAGCAAUCCUCUGUACAAGGAAGCCACUACUACGGUGUUAAACCCUCUGCACAUACAGGACAAUUAAACACCAGCCUCAGGACCACACACAGGACCGGAGAACAUCAGAGUGUGUGUGUGUGUGUGUGUGUGUGUUAAACAGUGAGUUUCAGUAUUCUUUUACACAUUAGAGUGUUAUUAGCAGUUAUUAAAUUGUAUUAUUGUAUUGUAGAGUAUAUUCUAUAAUUCUAUAAUGCUUUGUGACAAUGUUAAAGUGCUAUACAAAUAAAAUGGGAUGGAAUUGAAUGUA